AAAUUUUUAACAUUGGAAACGAAGAAGGCGCUUUCACUCCCAAAAUCAAAAUUCAGUAAGCAAGAAGUCAUCACUCUAACAAAAUCUUUGAGCUUUCCCAGCAAAAUCUCUGCGCUUCUUCUUCUUCUUCUUCUUCGUAGCAAUCACCACUCGUCCUCGCCGUACCGGCCGCCAGUUUCUCUCUCCGUCUCUGCGUAUACAAGCGUGUCGAAGUUCAUUUGCUGGGAGAGGGUGUAGCUCGAUCUCAGCUGGGAGAGGAGUGGUCCGCGUGUUUGCUGCGUUCUGAUUUCGAUUUCCGAAGGGGUUGAAGCGCCAAUUAGGGGUUUUGAGUUUCGUCAAUUGCAAAGUUUGAUGAAUCUUACCUGUAAAACCCUAACUUUAGUAUUUGAGCUAGUUGUUUGUGGGGGGAUACACUAGAGGUCGUAGCUGGACUGGGAUUGGAGUUGGAUAUGGGAUUUAUUUUGAUGUUCGUUUUGUGCCCUGGUCCUGAUUGAAGUGGUUGAGGAAAAAAGCUAGGGUUUUUGAUUCUCAGCGUUUGAGUUUGGGUGUUUGUGAUUGUUUUGGGCUGCAGAGUGAGAAUUAGAGUUUUACGUGUAUAUAUGUAUCAAUAAAGAGAAGAAUUUGUUGUUGUUCUUGUUGUUGUUGUACGAGUUGCUUGGUGAGGUAGUGAAAUAGAAAGAGAAUAAAAAUGUUCUAUUCACAGUUUAUACUGGCAAAGAAGGGACCUUUAGGAACCAUAUGGAUAGCUGCACAUUUGGAGAGAAAGCUUCGAAAGAAUCAGGUUGCUGAUACUGAUAUUGGCGUUUCUGUAGACUCAAUUCUUUUUCCUGAUGUUCCAAUUGCCCUCCGUUUAUCUAGCCAUCUUCUACUCGGAGUUGUGAGGAUAUACUCUAGAAAGGUGAACUACCUUUUUGAUGAUUGUAGUGAGGCUUUGCUCAAGGUAAAACAAGCCUUUCGCUCAACUGCUGUGGAUUUACCCCCAGAAGAGUCUAAGGCGCCAUACCACUCUAUCACAUUGCCAGAGACUUUUGAACUUGAUGAUUUUGAACUUCCAGACAAUGACAUUUUUCAGGGUAACUAUGUUGAUCAUCAUGUGAGCUCAAGGGAGCAGAUCACCCUCCAAGAUACUUUGGAGGGUGUUGCUUACUCCACAUCUAAAUUUGGAUUAGAUGAAAGGUUUGGUGAUGGUGAUACUUCAGGUUUAGACCUUGAAGAGGAAUUAUUUUUGGACAAGGUUGCUGCUACAGGAGAUGCCAGUGUGAGUGGUGACCCUCAACCAUCUGUUGAACCAAUGACACCUCUGAAGCAAGAUGAACUUCAUGAUGUUAUGGCUGCAAACUCUGAGAGCAUGAUUGAUGGUGCUGAAGGAGAUGCUGAUUUUAUGGAGUAUGCUCAGGCGCCAUGCACCCCUGGAUUAGCAGAAGAGCCAAAUUUGUCUAAUAUUCAAGAGACGUCAGCAUGUGAUGACCAUCUGGAGACUGAAGAUCAGCAUUUAACUGAGUCAGUCAUGAAAGAAGGUUUGCAAAAUAUUUCUGAAGGAGCUGAUGUUCAUGAUGGGAGUAGUCUUCAGGGCCAUAUGCCUUCACCCAAUGAUGCAAAUCCUGAUGCAGUUCUUGAUUUACCUUCUGAGGAGAAUGGCUGCCAUUCGGGAAAUGAACAGUUCCCUCCUCCCGAAGUAGUUUUUGGAUGUGUGCCAUCUGAUGAUCAUGCUUUAGCAUCUGGAGCAUCUGCUCCUGUUGAUCCAGUUAAUGCACCUUUGCCGGAAUUAACUGAUGAGUCUGCUAAAGCAUCUGAUGACCACAUAGGGGAGGAAAACGUUGAGAAUCAGAUUUCCAGCAAUGACAAGGUUAACAUUUCUUCACAUGUUGGCGUUCAUGAAGGUUGCCCAAGUCCCAUUGGAACUACUUUGGAAGAAAAUGCUCACAUUUCUCCUGGUUUGACAAGCAUUGACCUUCCGCCUUUAGUAGGUGUUACACAAAGCAAUCCAACAUCACCCAAUAUACAGGAGUCAGAAACUUGUCAGGAGCAAAGUAAUUCUGGCAAUACAAUGGCAUCUGCCCAAAUUCACAUCCUUAAGCCGUGCAAUGCUCAGGACCAGUCUGAUACAUCAAUACCAUGUUGUGAACGUCUUGAUCCUGAGUUACCAUCUGAUGGUUUUGGCCUCUAUCAUCCUGAAAAUUCUCAAGAGACAUUACAUGCUUCAGAUCCUUCUACUGUCCCAGGUGAAAAAUACCCUUCAAGUGACAAUUUAGAACAAAUCUCAGAUGAGAAUCACAUGAAGGUACCUACUUCACAUGAAGACAAUCAGACUAGCCAGAAAUCAAAUGUUCAAGUGGAUGAAGUCAUUUCUGGAGAUUGCCCACUGGAGAAUCUAUGUAACUCUACAUUUCCUGAUCUGCCAGCGCCUGAGAAAUUGCUUUCAGUACCAGGAGGGGUUGUUGAAAUACCUAGGGGUGUUCUAGUGGAGGAUACACCAGGGGACUCGGGCAGGAUAAAUGAAACUGAUGCCCGUAAUUCUAGUAAACUCGUAUCGGGAAGAAAACGCAGUUACACUGAAAGCACACUGACAGAGCAAAGUCUGAACUCAUUUGACUCAUUAAGGAUGAUGCAUUCCCAAACCACAGAAUUUGUUCCAGAUGAUGAUGAUUUGUUGUCUUCCAUACUUGUUGGGAAAAGAUCUUCAGCCCUGAAACUUAAGCCUACUCCUCCUUUUGAGAUAACAUCAGUCAAACGCGCCCGCUUUGCUCGGACUAGUACUCUGAAGAGGAAGGUGCUUAUGGAUGAAACCAUGGUUUUGCACGGAGAUACUAUAAGGCAACAACUGACAGACACUCAAGACAUACGUCGUGUACGCAAGAGAGCUCCUUGUACAUGCCCUGAAAUCUCUGUAAUCCUGAAACAGUUAAUGGAAGAUGAAAUUUUCAGUGAAUCAAUAUUAACUGGUGUCUCAAUGGAGUUAGGUUGUUUGCACAAGCAAACAUUUGAUCUGGUGGGGAUCAAGGUCUUACAAAAUGAUCAAAGUGGUACACCUUUUGUAAGUGCAACUGACCCAACGGGAACCUCUGUGAAUGAUGAAAACAGUAAGAACUUGGACACCCAAAUUGCUGACAAGUUCAGUGGACCAGAUCUCACAAGAGAAAAUGGUAUAGAAGGUAGUGAUGAACCUUCAGUAACAGGAGAUGAUGACAAUGUAAAAGCUGUCCUGGUCGAGAACAAGCAAGGCGAAAGCUACAACUUCACUUUAGAUGAUAAUGAGAAUGCUACUCAGAUUCCGAUGAGCACCACUGCCAGUGUAGAAGAAGCUAAUGCUUCUCAACUUGAGCCUUCAGAAAAUGCCGUUGAAAAAACAAACAUUUCACUUGAUGAUGCAGAAAACAGUGUUCCAGCAGGAGUAGGGUCGUUAUACCCUAACAAUGGGGCUUUGGGUGAUGUAGGUGACAAUUCAACUGGGCUUCUUAUUGCUGCUCCUUGUGAUGAGUCCAAAGACCUGGAUGCUCCUAUGCUAAUGGAUGUAUUUUGCAUGUCAACUGAUCAUGUGGGUGAUCAAGAUGUUGCAAUGACAGAUAUGAGCAAUGAUAAACUUAAUGCUAGUGAACUCCAAGAAGAUAACACUGUUGAUAUUACGGCAAUUGAUAGUGAACCUAGAGCAGAGGGCAGUGUUUUAUUCGAAGCAGCCCAAGUUGAUGCUGCAGUUGAAGUCAAAGAAGAUAACACUGUUGAUAUUACGGCAAUUGAUAGUGAACCUAGAGCAGAGAGCAGUGUUUUAUUCGAAGCAGCCCAAGUUGAUGCUGCAGUUGAAGUCAAAACUUAUGAAGAUAUCAGAGAUGUAGAAUAUGACCCUCGGGUCUUGACUAAUGGUAUCUGUGGUGAACAGCCUGCUCUAGACUCUUCUUAUUCAGCUGGAACUCAAGUGCCUGUUUUAGAUUUUGCCAUAGAUGGUGGAGAAAUUCCAUUUCAAGAGGAAACUCCUCUCCCAAGCAUGUUUGAUGCAGAAGUCUGUGGUACUGAGCUUCAUGAUCCAGAUGCUUCUAAUUAUUUUGGUGCUGUGAAUGACACAGAGUUCCUAAAUGUUGAUGAUGAUGAUGAGGAUGAAGCAGCUGAUGACUAUAUGCCUGACACUGAAGGAGCACGUAUAGCUGAUAACAGUGGAUGGUCUUCCCGUACUAGAGCUGUUGCGAAGUAUCUCCAGACUGUUUUUACCAAGGAAACAGAAUAUGGAAGGAAGGCUCCUCUUUCCAUAGACAGUCUUUUGGUUGGCAAAACACGUAAGGAGGCAUCGAGGAUGUUUUUUGAAGCUUUGGUUCUCAAAACAAAAGAUUUCGUCCACGUAGAGCAGCCGAUUCCCUUCAAUGAUAUUACUAUAAAGCCUCGAGGGCAGCUUAUGAAAUCAGACUUUUGAACAGACAUCAAAGUAGGAGAAACAUGUAAAGUAGGGAAAAUCACGACUGUACUUUAUCUGAGUUACGUUCUCAGUUCAUCACAUGGUUGAUAGCUUUUGUUUUGUUUGGAGGGAGAGGGUGGUUGGGAUGGCGGUGUUCCCAUUUUUUUUUUUUUUUUUUCCCAGUUAAAUAGUGUAGAGUAGCUCAUUUAAUGCAGGUGAUAGUGACACUUGAGAUUGUAAUACUAUUUAUAUGUAUAUAACCUGUAAAAUUACGCCUUACGCAAUCCAUGCCAAUUCUAUGAACUAUGAACUAUGCCUUUCUAAUUUCAAAUGGAAACUUUUCU